AUUAUACCUGUAUUUUAAGAUGUUGAAUGCUUGAUAUUACAUAUUUUUCAUACACUAUUUUUAAAUAAUCCAAGCAGAAAUUUUUAUUUUACUAAAAGCAUACUUGCCUUUUGAUCUUAGGACAAAUGCAAUCUUCAAUUAGACAAAUUUUAAAGGACGAGACUAUUAUCUGGAUAAACUUUUAUCUAAUUGAAAUACAUCUAGCAUCAAAAUUAUAAGUACUCAUGGAAAAAUUAAUGACUAGUGCCGAAUUCCACCUGCGAGAUAUUCAAUACCGGCUUACAACUUUGGAAUCUCUCAUAAACCAUGAUAGCGAUUCAUCGAAAUCCCAAGAUAGCAAUCAAGACCCAUUUACCGAAUUAUUGACUUACCUGACCAAGGGCUUCUCUGAAAUCGACGGUUUGGCCCGCGAAAUUGAAACCCGACUAUUCAAGGAAAUCAAUGCAACCCAAACGGGAAAAGCUACUUUGAGAUUAAGACUCGAGCAAAUAAAGUACGACGCCAGACAUCUUCGAGCCAGCCUCGACCACAUAAAUGCAAAACGGGAAUCUAAAUUAAGAGCUUCGAAGGAACGCCAAGCACUUCUAUCCACGCGAUUCGCUCCCAACUCCCCUUCCUCUAGCUCAACAAUCGACAUUGCCGGCGAAAACGAGUAUUUUGGGAACGAGAAAAGCAAGCUCAGACAAGCCGGGAGUGGGGUGGACACUCUUCUUGAGGCAGGUAAGCACGUAAUGGACGGGCUUAGAGGUCAAAGAGAACGACUGGGGCUGACGGCCAAGAGACUAGGUCUCAUCUCGAGUGCCCUGGGUUUGAGUAAUUCCGUCAUGAAGAUAGUGGAAAGGCGGACUUCUCAAGAUAAGUUUAUCCUUUACGGGGGAAUGAUUGUUACGAGUAUACUCAUUUUUAUAGUACUCGUGUAUCUCAGAUGAUGAUAGAAUUCUAAAUAUAAAUUGUUGAAAAUAUUCAGACUUCGGAUCAAGAUGGAAUUCAUUAGCGCUAAGAAAUAUUUUUUUUUAAAAAAGGGGAAUGCAAACAAUCGUAUACAUCUGUAUUAUAUUCGAUCAUUUACUAUUAUAAUUAUGCCAUGUAAUAAAUAUAUGACUCCAUAGUAUUGUUAAAUGGCUAGAUUUCGCCGAUUUAAAAAAAUGGCUUAAUUAAGGUUUUAGCCAAAAUAUUAUUAUCUAAGCCUUAAUUUUGUCAAUGGAUAUCCAAACCUUACUGCCCUCUUUGUGAAUCCAUGCUAAUCUUGAGUUUCGGCUAAAUAUAGCCGUUUAACAACACUAAUCGUUUUAGAUAAAAAAAAACACAUGAGCCGAAAUUUUAUUUAAAUAAUACGAUAUUAUUUUCUUAAAUUUCAGAUAUAAGAUUUUGAUAAAACUCUAUUAAAAGUUUUUUUUUCUUAAAAAUAUUUUUAGUGAAAAAAAA